UACCUAGGUAUUUGACAAUACCUUUAAUCGAAGGUACUUCAAAAGACUACAAACCUAUUGUGAAUUGGCUAAUCCUGUGAUCAUUACGUCUGUGAAAGAGGUCACAAAUUUGAAAAAAAUCCUCAUUGCAGAGAAGAAGAGAGGAAGAAGAAGGGAAAGAAAAUUAAGAAGAGAACAUAUGGAGGAAAAGGCAGAUAUAUUAGAGCUGUUGGAGAUAGAUUACUGUCGCUUGAUAUCUGAAAGCAACGAGUGCACUGGGGAUGUAAUGAAGGCAUUAGGUCCAGAAGGCCCGGGGCUAUUGGCUAUCACAGGGGUACCCAAUGCCCAGUCACUUACAAAUACGCUUCUUUCCUUCGCUAGGAAGCUUGCCCUCAUGGAUGACACACAAAGACGCCAUAUUCUGAAGGACCAUGGUUUAGGUACAGAUGUUUCUUUAAAGAAAGCAGAUAGGAAGGUCUCUUCAUUUGCAGCACAGUUAAAUUUUUCUCAAAGCACCUCAGUGAAAUUGGAACACAAAAAUGUAAAAUCAGAAGGUGAGAAUUGCUAUAAGCAAAGGACAGCCCUGCUACCUGAAGAGAAUAUAGGAUCUAAGGUCAUUGAACAAGAUGAUGCUCAGACAGUUACUUCACAAGGUCUUCAACAUUGUAGUGACUUUGAAGGGCUUGGGAAUAGUUUCAAGCAACUAGGUUUUUGCAUGGUAGAAGUUGGACUUAGGUUGGCUCAAAUAUGUGAUCAGGCCAUUGAGGGAAUUGAACUAGAGAAGGUGAUACUGGAUGCACACACAGCCAAGGGUCGUCUUAUCCACUACCAUUCACUCAGUGAAACAACUUUAUUGAUGGGCUUAGCAAACACAAAGGGAUCUAACAAAAGACUUUCAGGUAAGGAAUUGAGAUGCACUCACUCCAAAAAAAAUUCAUCAGCAAGCAGCAAUCAAGAUGUCAAGGGAAAAGAUCAUUUUGGCAUUGCAGAAAAGAAUAAUUCAUUGUAUCCCAGCGCUAAAAAAGUUCCCAGUCCAGUUACACCUGAUCUUUGGCAAGAGUGGCACUACGAUUAUGGAAUUUUUACCUUGCUCACCACUCCUUUAUUCCUAUCAUCUUUUUCACUUCCAAUCAGAAGUAAUGGUAUUCUAAUGAAUCAAUCUGCUCAAGAGUGUUCCUCUCCUGAUGGACACACAUACUUGAAAAUUUUGAAUAUUGUUAAUAGCAAGGUAAUGUUUGCAAGCGCUCCAUCAGGCAGUCUGAUUGUCCAGGUAGGGGAGGCAGCACAAAUAUUGUCAGGUGGAAAGUUGCAUGCUACUGCUCAUUGUGUUUGCAGACCUUCAGAAAGAAUAGAUGUAAGCCGGGAAACAUUUGUAGUUUUUCUCCAACCGGCAUGGAAUAAAUCUCUUUCUCCUCCAAAGUGGUUUUAUGAAGAAAGGGAGGCAACCAAACAUAGUUUUGAGGACAUUUCUGCAAGUCCUAGUACAGAAAUGAUGGAAAGAAAUGAUUUGAAAAGCAAUCUUAACAGCUUAUCUCUUGCAGUUACUGAAAAUCAACCUGGUUUGGAAAAUAUUGGACUGGAAUCUGCACAGAGUACUGAGACCUUCACUGAAAAUGUAAAUGACUUGAAAAUGCUCUUAAAUGAGAUCCAAAAGAUUUUGCCACCAUUAAUGUCCCGAUGGAAAGAAGGCGAGACAUUUGUGGAGUUUUCACGUGAAACCACUAGGAAGUACUAUGGUGCUGAUGGCAUGCAGUCAAAUAGGUAGAAAAUGUUAUAAGUGCUUUCAAGGAAAAAAUGAGUAAUUUGGUUGCUGUAGUUGGCAGCUCACAGUUGAAUAGCUGGUGGAUUUGGAUUUUAGCAUGUUGCACUGCCUGUGUUGUACUGCCAUAAAAAGGCAUGAAAACCAAAAAAAGAAUUUUUUGUCUUCAA